AUGAGACUUGGACUCCAUAGUUCUGACAAUAGCAACAUUGACUCCCUCGUCUCUCCCCAUCCACUCUCCUUUCCCCACCUCACCUCACUCCCUCUCUUCCAUUUCUCAUCCAUUCCAACACCAUCCCACCCGCCCCUCUCACCUAUCUCACCACUCUCAUCCAUUCCACCACUUUCAACCAUCCCACCCAUCCCAACCACCCCUCUCACCUUUCUCACCACUCUCACCCCUCUCAAGACUCUCAUCCAUUCCACCACUUUCACCCAUCCCACCCAUCCCACCCACCCACAUAAGAACUGCUGCUGUCAGUUCACAGAAACACUUCCCCUGCACUCAACUGCCCUCCUGUACCCUACACCCACUCGCCUUUUCUCUUUCCUCCAAUCGCCCCUUCCCUCCUUCCACCCCCGCUCCUCCACCCCCUUCCUCCCAAUUCUCCUCGCCCUUCCCCUUCCUCUCCCCCCUCGCCAUGCCCCAGCUCUCAUAUACACCACCACACCUGCACCACCACCACCUUUCAACGGGGCCGAGACAGCAUCAAGCAGGGAGGGCAAGAAGGACGAGACAGCAUCAAGCAGGGAGGGCAAGAAGGACGAGACAGCAUCAAGCAGGGAGGGCAAGAAGGACGAGACAGCAUCAAGCAGGGAGGGCAAGAAGGACGAGACAGCAUCAAGCAGGGAGGGCAAGAAGGACGAGACAGCAUCAAGCAGGGAGGGCAAGAAGGACGAGACAGCAUCAAGCAGGGAGGGCAAGAAGGACGAGACAGCAUCAAGCAGGGAGGGCAAGAAGGACGAGACAGCAUCAAGCAGGGAGGGCAAGAAGGACGAGACAGCAUCAAGCAGGGAGGGCAAGAAGGACGAGACAGCAUCAAGCAGGGAGGGCAAGAAGGACGAGACAGCAUCAAGCAGGGAGGGCAAGAAGGACGAGACAGCAUCAAGCAGGGAGGGCAAGAAGGACGAGACAGCAUCAAGCAGGGAGGGCAAGAAGGACGAGACAGCAUCAAGCAGGGAGGGCAAGAAGGACGAGACAGCAUCAAGCAGGGAGGGCAAGAAGGACGAGACAGCAUCAAGCAGGGAGGGCAAGAAGGACGAGACGGCGCCCCCAUGGCCCUCUCCUCUCCUCGUCAAGCACGUCUCUCUCUGGCGCGCUGCACCACCACCACUUCCCCAUGGCGCCGACACAUCCCUCCCUGGCGCGCUGCACCACCACCACUUCUCCUGGCGCCGAGUCAGCUUCAAUCAUGGAAGGCGCGGAGGGCGAAAAGUCGCCCCUAUAGCCCUCUCCUCUCCUCCUGCAGCACAUCCCUCCCUGGCGCGCUGCACCACCACCACUUCCCCCUGGCGCCGAGUCAGCUUCAAUCAUGGAAGGCGCGGAGGGCGAAAAGUCGCCCCUAUAGCCCUCUCCUCUCCUCCUCCUGCAGCACAUCCCUCCCUGGCGCGCUGCACCACCACCACUUCCCCCUGGCGCCGAGUCAGCUUCAAUCAUGGAAGGCGCGGAGGGCGAAAAGUCGCCCCUAUAGCCCUCUCCUCUCCUCCUCCUGCAGCACAUCCCUCCCUGGCGCGCUGCACCACCACCACUCCCCCUGGCGCCGAGUCAGCAUCAUGCAGGGCGGGCAAGAAGGACGGGAUGGCGCCCUGCAAGAGACGGGCCCUCUCCUCCUGCAGCACGUCCCUGAAGCGUGCGCGGUAG